GAGAGAAUGGGCAGAGAUGAACAGGCCCAUUUUGUGACUGACUCAUUCAACGUAUUUAUAGUGGAAAGGUAAGUACUGCACUCCAACAAAACUUGCCAAAUCUCUGUUCCCAAUAAUUUAAUCUAAUCUAAUCUAAUCUACAACCCCCUCCCCCCAAAUGUCAAACCUCUCUCUCUCUCUCUCUCUCUCUCUCUCUGCAGUUGCUGAAUUUAACUUCCCCCAACUCCCUUGGCCCCCACCUGCAACACCCUGAUUCCUAAGUCAUGAGAUCAUGAUCAGAUGUUUUUCUUUUUCUUCUUCUUUUUCUUUUUCUUCUUCUUCUUCUCUCUCUCUGCUAUAUAUAUCUAUUCACAAAGGUCUCACCAAGAACUGGCCAACUAACUUUAUUCACCUGAUCACUCCAUCAUUCAUCAUCUCAACCUUCUUCUUCCUCUUCUUCCUUAAUUCAAAUAUCAUUACUUUGAUCACAUAGAUAUGGAGCGCUCCUUGGAUUCUAUGAGCAGAGCUGAUCUCUCUUCCGAAGCAAGAACAAGUGCAGCUCCCUCUGAUGAGGAGAGUGGCUGGACCAUCUACUUUGAAGAUUUUCUAAACAACAACAACAAAAAAGGACAGAUGACUAGUUCUGUCCAUGCUGAUGACGAUCAUCAUCAUUAUCAUCAAUAUGAGAGCUCUUCUCUGGUUUCAGAUGCCACUUCUUAUGCUGCAAAAACAAAGUAUGCCCAUAAAGAUGUGAAGGUGCCAGCAGGACGUGGGUUAUCUUUGGACAGUAAACUGAGCUUUAAGAAGAGAAAAACUAAAAGGCCUCUGGCAGAUGAUGAUGCUUUGGAGGAUACUGCUAGCUCUCCUGUUAAUAGUCCCAAGGUCUACAAUUUGAAAAAGUUGGACAUGGACUUGAAGGAGAAAGAUAAUAUGGAAGACAUUUCAAUGGAGAGAGGAAGUGCUUCUAGGCAGAUGGAUGAGAAAAGUGAAGAAUUUGGUUUUGUAGGGAGGGAUGGUGACUGCAGAGACCUGAAGAAAAGGGGGCUUUGCGUAGUCCCUUUGUCAUUGUUAGCAAGCUACCUUGAUUGAAUAUAUUUAUCCAUCAUUAGUUAUCAAAAUCUCUCUCUCUCUCUCUCUCUCUCUCUGAAUUUGAGCAGGAUGAAUUAUAUAAUGAUAAUUAAAUUAUAUAUGCUGCAGUUAGAGUAA